CAUAGCGUUGGUCACAGCGUAAGCGACCUGUCAAAGUAACAGUGCUUUACUCUGGUUAUGGGAAAUAGGAUAACGGUACAGACUCUGGUGAAUGUAGAAGACGUUGUUGGAUAUUAUGUGUAUCAUUCAUUUUAGCUGAUAGGCUACAAUGUCUAUGUUGGUUUUUCAUGAAAGACCGGCGUUGUCUUCCAAUGAGUUCGUUCUAACGUUAACUAGCGAUAAGUGUUAGGUAGGGGCAAGGACAUUCUUUUCCACAAACGACAUGGCAUUCAUUCAUAACGGAAAAAUGGACUGGUGGUAUCAGAGAUGUCCCAAAGAUUCAACAACUCAUACGGUUUCUCGACCGGGGUACACGUUUAUUCUAGGGGGACUGCUGCUGAUGCUUGCCCUGUAUCCGGUUCUGAAAACCUUGAGCAUCCAGCUGCACUCUGCCCUCACAGGGAGUUAUGUGGCGGGACACCAUUCGGUCAUCCUCAUCAACUGCCCCAAUGAACAGGUGGCCAGGGACAUUGGCAGGUACUACUGGAAAGGUGAGAUCCAGGACGCCACAGAGAUCCUACUGCUGGUAAGGACACGCACCUCUAAGAUCCAGAGCCUCACUGAAUACGUAAGAUCUAUCCACCCCUAUGAGAACCCUGAGGUGCUGAGCUUCCCUGUGGAGGAUGGCAGUCUGGACUACAUGAAGUGGAUCGACGAAGCGGUCCCCGAGAACCCCUACAUCCCAUCCUGACCCAGGGAGCCGCAGCCUGUCAACCUGACCAAUCGUAACUGCGCCCCCCUAUCCCCAAGUUCUCCCAGAGGAUCUCGCCUGUGAAGAGGGGAGUAGCAGUGACACAGAGGGUUCCAGAACUUUCCCCCCAAUCUCAACCUGAUGCAGGAGGUCCCACCGUGUGACACUAGCAGUGUCACUGGCAUAGAAGAUUCCACUGGCACUAUCCACACCUGUUCCAAGUUCCACCGCGUUGCCCCUGGUAAUGACUCUGAAGGUUCUGAAGGUUCCAGAACUCUCUGGAAGGAUGCCGCACAGUCCUUUGGGCUAAACUGAACUCUCUGGUGCUACUAACUGUUCAUGGGGUCAUCUCUGAGUGUGUUAUUUAUGUUCUCUCCAAACUUCACUGUUCACAACGCCAUCUUUGUUCACGGCAUCAUUUCUGCGUGUGUUCUGUCCGCUUAUGUCAUGUGGUCGCCAUUUUCACUGUUUCCUGCGCCAAAGCAAAGCUGAGGCUGUGUCUCUUUGGACAUGAUGGCAGGAGAGUUCCUGGUACGUUGGUGAGAGCUACAGGUACAACCGGUACACAGCAGUAAGCUGUUACUCACAUCUCUGACAGAAACUUUCCAAACUUCCUCCCGUCUCCGCCUCAAAAUGAUGACCAAUCAUUCAAUAUUCAAAAUGGUGACUACAUGUAGGUGACAAGAUUCAAAAUGGUGACAGCAUGACAAUUGUAUGUUCUUUCCACAUUGUUCUUGGUGUCAUCUGUGUGUGUGUUCAUUUGCUUUUGACAAA